AGAAAGGAAGAAAAUAAACUGAGGUGCAGUAGCAUUUAGAGUAGACACCGUACCACACAUUUUUUAGUUAAUAUUUUUCGUUAGUUAUUAAUACUAGUUUCCUCGAUAACAAUUUAUGUCGCUCUUGGUUAUCCGUAGUUAUCACUAUACAGCUUUAACAUAUAUUUGUAAUAUUUACAUAUUUCGAUAACCUUUUACUGGUUACCUCCGAAAGAUGUCGUCUAUUUAAUAGACUGUGGAACUGUGCAAGUUACUUGGAAAUACAACGGAAACAUUUUAAAUGAAUUACCAUCUCCAUGGUGUCAAACAGUUUCCGCAUUUUGGUGUAUUUUUACCAGGUAAAUGCAUUGGUAUGCUUACAGUUAGUCUGUGGUGAUAGCAGUUUCUCUACAUUUCCAUGGAAUUUGUGGCAGUUAUCAUCUUCAGUACUGUGAUGGCGGCACCACUUGACCAGACUCACCUCUCUUAAGUUUUAAUCGGUUUUGCACACAGCAUUAUUAUGAUGUGCAGAUUUUGCCCCCAGCAGCAACAGCAACAACAAACAUAUGUUUGCACAAAAUUCUUGAGUGCAUGUAAACCUGAAAGUAUUAAGAUAGUUUUGGCAUCUAUUUCAUAAAUGCAAAAAAGAAAGAAAAGAGAUCUAAGUAUGCAUGCAUUAUAUAAAGUAUGUUACCUUAGGGUUUUGAUGAUGGAUGGAACCUGUGAACUAGCCAUGCAUCACUUUGAACCAGCCAUGCAUCACUUUUGAACAAAUGUAGUUUUUGCACAUGUGUUUGUUUCCUUUGCAUGCUGGUUGCAUAUUUGCAUUUGCACACAGAGGAAACAGAACAUUGCAUAGCUAUUUUCCACAGCAACAGUAACUUCAAAGGAACAAAUUUAUUUAUUUACAUAUUUUUAUCACUGUUUCAUUCCUGGAAAUUUGUUCCUUUUAAACCAUUCAUACAUACAUACACACACACACAUUGUUAGUGGAUCAUAUAUCUGAAAAGAAAAAAAACACACUCUAAAGAUAGACCUAUAAUGUAUUUACAUGCAAUUAAAUGUAUGUCUGGUCAUAAAGUGACCAAUGGUUUUGCAUCCAUGAAGCGCUUAGCUUUAUAGACAACUUGUCAAGCUCUAAUGGCAGAGGGCAUAUGACCUCUCCUACAACUGGAGGUAGGAAACCGUGUAUAUAUAUAUACAUACAUACUUACAUAUACUUUUCACCUUGAAAAAUACCCGUCAUCAUGCAGGCCAAAUGUGAAAUAUGUCACAAAGAAUUCUCUCAGAAAAUCUAUUUGAGAGUACAUAUGAAAAUGCAUACUGGGGCAAAACCAUACCAAUGUGAGGUUUGUGGGAAGGAGUAUGCCAAGAAUGCUCAUCUUAAAAGACAUGUUGAGACUCACAAUGCCAGGAAAAUUCAUCAUUGUGACGAAUGUGGCAAGAAUUUUACUGUACAAGCUCAGUUUGAAAUGCAUGUGAGGAGACACAAUGGGGAAAAACCAUUUUGUUGCAAGAUGUGUACCAAGGAUUUUGCAACUAAUUACCACUUGAAAAGACACAUUGCUAUACAUCUAGGGCUGAAACCAUACCAUUGUGAUAUUUGUAGUAAAGACUUUACAACGAAACCUCAGCUAGUUACACACAUCAGGACACACACGGGGGAUAAACCUUUUGGCUGUGAAAAGUGUGAUAAGAAAUUUUAUAAUAAAUCUCAUUUAACGAGACACAUCAAAACUCAUUUAGGUGUGAAGCCUUUUCCUUGUGGAGUUUGUGGAAAGAGUUUUUCUAUUAAAUCUUUAUUGGAAAUGCAUUGUAGAACGCAUUCAGGCGUGAAACCCUUUCACUGUGAUAUCUGUGGGAAAGACUUUUCUCAUAAAUCCAGCUUAGAAGUCCAUAACAAAUCGCAUACUGGUGAUAAACCUUUUACCUGUGACAUUUGCGGGAAAGGGUUUGCUUCGAAGAGUUUCCUGAGGAAACAUGUCCGAAGACACACAGCUGUGAAGCAGUUCCACUGCGAAGUCUGCGGCAAAGAUUUUCUGCAGAAAAAUAAUUUGGAGAUACACAUGAGGAGACAUACAGGUGAAAAGCCUUUUGUUUGUGAUAUGUGUGGCAAAGAAUUUGCUCAGAAUUUCCAGCUGAAAGGGCACAUGAGGAUCCACAGCGGGGAGAAACCAUUCACUUGUCAGAUUUGCGACAAAGAAUUUGUUCAAAACUUCCACUUGCAGGGUCACAUGAGAAUGCAUCUGAGAGAGAAGAAUUUGCAAUGCAAAGUAUGUGAGAAAACCUUUUCUGAAAAUUUCCACUUGAAAAGACACAUUCGAACGCAUACCGGGGAAAAACCCUACCUGUGCGAGUUGUGUGGGAAGGGGUUUUCCGACAACUAUCACCUGAAACGACACAUUCGGAUUCACACGGGGGAGAAACCUUUCCAAUGUGACAUUUGUGAAAAGCAGUAUGCCGAGAAAAGCUUGUUGAAAAAACACAUCAAAACACACACGCUGGAGAAUAUUUUCCAUUGUCAGGUCUGCGGUGAAGACUUCUUCGAUUACUUUCAUCUAAAGAUUCAUCUGGAAUCACACAUUGCUUAAACAUUCAAUUACGUCUGGAAUCAAGAAUUGGGAUCAUUGUCACAGUGAAGCUGUUUAUUGUUGUGGGUAUAUUUAUUGUUUUGUUGACACAAGUGGACACAGUAAAGACCUUAUGCCAAAUUACAUUACUUCAAACUGGAGGCUUUACUAUAACUAGUUUAGUACCUCACUGAUCAAAACCCCCUCCUCACAUAAACAACCACAAGUGAUAUACUGUCAGGAGAGAUAAUACAAGAGGAUCGAUUUAAUCAAUCAUGGUAAAUAUAUAAUAAUAA